GCCAGGGAAAGCUUCCCCCGAGCAAGAUGGCCGCGACCACGGCCUGUGACGCGCCGCGCGCUGCAGUAACCCGGAUGUAGUGCGGCCUAGGGGGGACUUGCAGCGAGUCCGCGGGGUCGAGGCGGCGGUGUUGGUGGCGUUCGCUCGCUCACUCGCUCGCUCCGGGCAGGGGGUUUUCCUUUCUUCUCUGUUUUGUUUUGUGUCUGUCACCCACUCACCCCACCCACCCGCACAGCUCGCCUUUGUCCGGACGCGUUCGCCGUGCGUCUCGUGAAGAACGCCGUCCUCCUCGCUCGCUCGCUCGCGCUGCGUUGGCGUCGUGCACGGCCGGGCCCCCCGGCAGCGAGUAGCGGCAGGGCGCGCGUCUCCCGCCUUCCUCCUCCGCCGCCUCCUCCUCCUCCGCCAUGAGCGGCAUGCACGGCAAGAGAAAGGAGAUCUACAAGUACGAGGCGCCAUGGACGGUCUACGCCAUGAACUGGAGCGUCAGGCCCGACAAGCGCUUUCGCCUGGCGCUCGGCAGCUUCGUGGAGGAGUACAACAACAAAGUGCAGGUGGUGGGGCUGGAUGAAGAGAGCUCUGAGUUUGUGUGCAAGAGCACCUUCGACCACCCGUACCCCACCACAAAAGUGAUGUGGAUUCCCGACACCAAAGGCGUCUUUCCGGAUCUGGUGGCAACGAGCGGCGACUACCUGCGUGUGUGGCGGGUGAGCGACUCAGAGACUCGGCUGGAGUGUCUGCUCAACAACAACAAGAACUCCGACUUCUGUGCACCCUUGACGUCCUUUGACUGGAAUGAAGUCGAUCCAAAUCUUCUUGGCACAUCCAGCAUCGACACGACUUGCACCAUCUGGGGGCUUGAGACUGGCCAGGUGCUAGGUCGUGUGAACCUGGUGUCAGGCCAUGUGAAGACGCAGCUCAUCGCUCACGACAAAGAGGUGUAUGACAUCGCAUUCAGCCGGGCAGGCGGUGGGCGCGAUAUGUUUGCGUCCGUGGGCGCCGAUGGCUCCGUGCGCAUGUUCGACCUGCGCCACUUGGAGCACAGUACCAUCAUCUACGAGGAUCCGCAGCACCGGCCUCUCCUGCGGCUCUGCUGGAACAAGCAGGACCCCAACUACCUGGCCACCAUGGCCAUGGAUGGCCUUGAGGUCAUCAUUUUGGACGUGCGCGUGCCCUGCACACCGGUGGCACGACUAAACAACCACCGUGCAUGUGUGAACGGCAUUGCCUGGGCCCCACACUCCUCUUGCCACAUCUGCACAGCUGCUGAUGACCACCAAGCGCUGAUCUGGGACAUCCAGCAGAUGCCCCGUGCCAUUGAGGACCCCAUCCUGGCCUACACGGCUGAGGGAGAGAUAAAUAACGUGCAAUGGGCCUCCACGCAGCCUGACUGGAUCGCCAUCUGCUAUAACAACUGUCUGGAAAUCCUGCGCGUCUGAGUGGAGGCUGCAGUGCUGCAGGUGGAGCGAUGUUGGAGGUUUGAUGGCUGCAGCGUACAUGGGGCUAAUGUUUUGGGAAAAAGUGUUGACUAUGCGCGGUGUAGAGGUGUGGGUGGGUGAGUGCGUGACUGUUCAUUGGUAGUGUUUCUCGAGAUGGACAGAGGAGGGCUAUUCAUGGUGACGCAGCAAGGAGUUGAUCACACUUUGAAGGCAUUGAAUUUUGGUUAGUGGCAUUUUCUUCCGGCACGUUUUGGCAGUGGUUUAAUGGAUUGCAGUGACUAUCGCCGUGUGAAGUCUGGUCACAAUUGUGUGACAAUGCCCAAAGGUGUUUUCACCCAGACGUUCUUCAAAUUUCAGGAGCAUUUGAAUUGGUAAUGCCUUCUGGUCUAUGAAUUGUAUGGUUUAGAAGCUAUUGAUAUUUCAUUUAGGGAAAUGAUUUUCAAUUUUAAGAAAUGAGGAAAUCCAAAAGUUGAAAAAAGUAGCUAAUGGUGGCAGCCAAGUCUUUCUGGGUUCAUAUAAUUACGGCAUAUUUAAUAUAAAUAGCAUUUUAUCACCCUGUUUAUUUAAUUAUGUGGACUGUGUUUGACACCUUGACCCUGCAAAGUAUGAACUGCCACAUUCGGCUUAAUCUUAUUUUAAUUAUUAUUAAAUGCAAGUGUCAUUACUGUCAGAGGAACAAAGCCUUGUGUUUUUAAAAGUGCUAUGAGAUAAGCAUUUUUAUUAUUUCCAUUAUUUUGGUCUGGACAACUUGCAGCUCAUUUGCCGCAAUUUUUAUUUCAGCAUUUUCUUUACUUAAAUUGCUGUAAUUGUGAAAGUUUAUUAUCGUCAUGCUACACACUUGGUCGAAAUGAGUGCCACAUUGAUGAGCCGACCCAUUGUAAAUGUGGUGCUGAUGUGCAGUGUGGGUCACUUAAAUGGUGGCAGAUUUCUUGCAAAAAAGACAUUGCCAAUGCCUUCCUAUAAAUUCAUUUCAAAUCCUGUCUCCCUGGUAACAGUUCUCCUAAUGAGUCUUUCCCAUCUUGCUGAUGCAGUAAAACUGGAUAGUCAAUAAAUGAUCGGCUGUGGUGGCUUUACCUAUUGUAGAGUUGCAUUGCAGCUUUGUGAAAGUGUAGGUUGAAGUGUGUAUCAGAACUGUGCGGUUACAAUGAUGAAGGCUUUGCAUUCAGCACUGUCGUCUUUCGUGCUCUAGGUUUUAAAAAGAGAGUCGUCUUCAGUUGGUGGUGAUAGUUCCUUUGUUUCAGUUGCAAUCUUCUUGAGUUAUAAAAUAACACUGUUGUCUGUUAAAAUGUGUCCAACAGUGCAGGGAAGAGGUACAUUCAAACUGAUGUGCACAGUGGUUAAAUCUGUCUUGUGCAAGCUGGCCUUAUUCUUAGGGACCAUCCAGACGUACUCUGUGAACUGAUAGUACUUAGUAGUGUGUGAACACAUUCUUUUGUAUCUGGGAAGGUGGUGGGUGCUGUGUCAGCAUAGCUUGAACCAUUGCAUAUAUUGUCACCUCUCAAUUUAAACAAAUUAAGCCAAACUUUCUUUUGGUCAGAAAAAAUUAUGAAUUUAAAAACACAAUAAAAAUUAUUAAAGUUGUGUCUUGGUUAAACCUAAAAUGUAAAACCUGAAAACAUACUUGGGUAGUGGGCAGGAUGCAGUUCUCUUAAGUUUUUGUUGUGUAGUUUCUGUCAGUCACAUGAAAGAUCGCAUGUUCAGUGAGCAGCAUCUGCACUGAUUAAAAAAAAAUGAUAUUGCUUCGUACUAUACAUUAGAAAAUAACUGUUGUGUUUUGAAUACCACCAACAUAAUUUUCCAUGUUACAUUCACAAAUGUCAAUCAAUACACCUUUAUUGGUGUUCUUAGACUUUGCAAUCAGUCUUACUGAUUUUGAGUUGGAGUGCAUGCCAAAAUGAUAUUUUGCAUAAUUGUCUUUGUGCAUCGGUUAUGAACAUUCGUCCUCUAAGCUGAUAAUUUAGAACAACCUUUCCUCAACUACAGCCUUCAGGACCAGCUUUCAACUCUCGUUUAAUCUUAACCACUCGACACACUCGUGGUGCACGUGCAUGUGGAUUUAAAUUAAUUUGGAAAUCUGCGGCAAAGUGGAGCUUGAGAAUUUAUAUUUGACAACUUCUUUUUAGGGUGUGCAUGUAAAAUGGGCCAUCAACUCGAAAGUAGUUGAUUUCAAAAAAAUAAGCAAUGUCAAAUGUGUGUUGGUACAUCGGUGUGUCCGUUCCACCGCACACAUUAAUUCUGUGUGUUCGUGCAUCGUUCAUUGAGAAUGCUUCCAAAACAUUUAGGAGUCGCCAUUGUUCACGUCAGGUCAAAGUCGGCAGUGUCUUAUCUACAAUAUACUGUAGCUACUGGUAAUAUGUAUAUGGUUUGUUUUGUACUGUAAAUAGUAGUCCUGUAGUAAUAUUUUAAAUCUUGUAGGAUAUGCAUUGAGGUUUGAUAGUGUACCAGAGCUUUCAUGUAUUUCCAAAAAAAAACGUAAUCACUUUGUGCUGCAAUGCUGAUUGUGAGCUAUUUUUAAAUAGUUAGCAUAUUUAGAGGGUUUCAGUUUACGUUUUACAUUGAGUAUUUUACCGAGCUUCAUCGUAAUUUUUGUAAGCAAAACUUUGUUAUAUAGGAAUAAUUCCUGAAGUGAUUAAUAUUUUGUUAUUGGGCUUCCUCAAGCAUUGGGAAUGCAGUUUUGUUUUUGCAGAAUAACAACAAGGAAACUGGUUUAGCACGGAAAUUAUAUAAAGCUUGUAAUGUAUGCAUGACAUUUGUACGGUGCAUUACAACAAAGAAGCUUGUUUUUCACUCCGAUUUUCCUAAAUAUUAUUAGUUGUGAAGGUUUAAUUGUAUUGUAGCUUGACUUGAGGCAUUCACAAGUUCUUCAUUUGGUGAGGCCAUCUAAUCAAAAUCCGUGAUUUCUAUCAAGCAGGAAGUUGUUUCAAAGGCCUGGGAUUAUAUAUCUGUUUUGAAAUCUAAAAUGAAAGUACAAACAAAAGUUUGAUGGCAACUUUUGUCCUAAAAAUAAAAUAAUCGUUUGUGUUGAUGCUGUUUUGUACAAUGCAUGAAGACACCAAGUUAAGGCAGCAGUUUACUAAACUUAAACAUGACAUGUUCAAUAUUAUUUAAUCAUAAGCUUUAACAUGACAUUUUAAUUAAUUGGAUGACCCUAAACUUUAACAUGAGAUGCUCGGUGUUGUUUCACCCUAAACUUGAACAUGGCAUAUUCAUAUUCAUUUGACCUGAAGCUUGAACAUGGUAUUUUCUUUGCCAUGGAACCCUAAACUUGAACAUGACAUUGCCAUUGUAAUUUGACCCUAAACUUGAACACAACAUGUUGUCAUUUGAUCUUUGAAUGUGGUUUGGUGGCCAUGCAGGAUGCGACACUGCUUGCAUCUACAACUUUUUAUUACAACCUGCGGUAGAAUAAAAUAAAAGUUUUACGCAAUCUUCGCAUAACCAGCCUUAUACGCCUUUGUUCCAAAUCUAUGCUCAAGUUUGUAGUAUGUUACACACUCAUCAUUUAUCAAGUCAGUAUAGCAUUGUAGAGUAAUUUUUUAUGCUUUUUGAAUUGUACACUUGUAAGUUUUCAGUAGUUCCUAUCGUGAAAACAUGGACAUUUUAAUGAAAUUAUUUUUUGGGAAAUGAUUUUGUCUUGUUAAAAUAUUUACAUUGUUUUUGUGUAGCAAACAUCCUUGUGUGGUGUUACACUUAUAUGGAUUUGUCAGACUUGUUAUUUGUUUAAUGUAUGACGGUUUUGUUGUAAAAUAAAAGAAGUACUCAUCAA